UUUCCUCUCUCAAGCGUCAGAGUACUCAAUUUUUCCCAGGCUCCCCAGUCUGGGACACAAAAGUCUCUCUCUACUGUUUUUGUUUCACUCUGCUCAGAAACUGUCACUUCUGUGAACUUCUGAAGAAUUAAUGACUCAAAGAAAUGACACCUCUCCAGUCCUGGGCGCUCUCCCUCCUUCUUGUUUUGCUGACACACUAUUCAAAUCCGCUUGAGGAUAACAAGAUUCACAGUCUGUGUAUGGGCAGCCCAGGUACCCCGGGUUCUCCAGGGUUGCAUGGCAGGCCAGGACAACCGGGUAGAGAUGGCAGAGAUGGGCGGGAUGCACCACUGGGGGAGAAAGGGCAAAGGGGAGAUCGUGGAGAGCCUGGUGAACCAGGCAUGAGGGGCCUGACCGGGGACAGAGGUGAUCCAGGAGAGAAAGGCGAGAAGGGAACCCCAGGAGAGUGUGCUGUAGCUCCUAAGUCAGCAUUCAGUGCCAAGUUGUCUGAAUCCCAAACCAUGCCAUUAGCAGCAGGGGAUGCAGUGCGCUUUGACAAAAUCAUCUUGAAUGAGCAGGGCGAUUACAACACAGAGACUGGACGCUUCACAUGCAGGGUGCCAGGUGUUUACUAUUUUGCCGUCCAUGCCACCGUGUACCGCUCCAGCCUACAGUUUGACCUGAUGAAGAAUGGACAUGCCAUGGGCUCCUAUUUCCAGAUGUUUGGCAACUGGUCCAAGCCAGCCUCAUUGUCCGGAGGCACUCUGCUGCACCUGAUUCCCGGUGAUCAGGUCUGGGUGCAGAUGGCUCUGGGCGAGUAUACAGGCUUUUACUCUAGCCCGAAGACAGACAGCACCUUCAUUGGCUUCCUGGUGUACUCUGAUUGGAAAAACUCUGCUGUGUUUGCUUAAAUAUAAGGUACAUACUACUUUUGACUUUUACCCAAAAAUGCCUAUACUCAAAGCACUACAAAGAUUUUUUUUUUUUAACAUUUGUAUUUAUUCUUUGGAAGCAGAUAAGUGCUGGAAGAUUUAUUUUCCAUGAUGUGAUACAAACUACAGUAGUAUCUUGAAGGUUGUGAGGGAAUCUGAAAAGUAAAACAGAUGUACACACUUGCUAACAAAAAGGAACCACUUUCGCAGUUUUAUUCUUGUGCAUUGUAUUGCAACAGUUAUAAACAAAGGCCAGUGAUGAUCACUGUUUGAUUUUAUUUUUUUAUUUUUUUUAUUUUAACUAUUCGCUCAGCCUCAGUGGACAUUAUGUAAUUGUCCCUAAAUAAAGUGUUACGACCAGUAGCUUUUGCAUAUAAUAUUUCUGUCAGUGAAAGCAUAAAAUUGCACAACUAUAUAAACUGAUGCAAAAAUAUCAUUAGUUUGGUUUUAAUAUAGAUUCAUUUAUUCUGCUACCAAUUAUAAAAGCAAUAUCAGAGCACCUUUGAAUUAUUACUUCAAUAAAGUUAAUCUGUGAGAUUGAA